AUGAACUUAGCCAUCUUUCUGUCCAUUGUAUUAACCUUUUUGGCUGAGGCUAAAAAUGCUGCUCCCCUUGAUUCACCCCGACCGACGAUCAAGCUUGACUACGCUCAGUACCAAGGAGUGAGACUUCCGGCCGGAGUAGAUCAAUAUCUGGGCAUGCGAUAUGCAGCACCACCACUAGCAGAGCUUCGUUUUCGGGCUCCCCAAGAACCCGUUCGAAUGUCUUCCGUUCAGGAUGCAUCAGCGUUUGGUCCAGUUUGUGUCGGUACCGGCCAGAAUGUUACUGAAGAAACAGCCGAGGAUUGUCUCUUCAUCAGCGUUUUUACCCCAUCUAAUGCCACACCAGGGUCCAACCUCCCUGUUUGGAUGUAUAUUCAGGGUGGUGCAUAUGUGACAAAUUCGAAUGCAAACUACAAUGGUACCCAAGUGAUAGAGGAAUCCGGACAUGAAAUUAUACUGGUUAACUUUAACUAUCGUGUGGGAGCACUGGGGUUUUUAGCUGGUCAAAAAGUCCAGCAAGAUGGUGACCUCAAUGUUGGCUUGCUUGACCAGCGAAAAGCCCUCCAAUGGUUUGGCGGUAAUUCAAAUCAUAUCGUCAUACAUGGUGCGUCGGCCGGCGCAGGCUCGGUGGCCUACCAUCUUGCAGCAUACGGGGGCCGCAAUGACGGUCUUUUCGUAGGAGCAGUGGCUGAGAGUCCAUUCUGGCCUGCCCAAAGGAAUAGUUCUGAAUCCGAGGCACAGUUGAGUCAGUUCAUGGAGGCUGUCGGAUGCUCAACGAUGUCGUGUUUGCGAUCUGCCAACAUCACAGCCAUUCAGAAAGCACAGGCUACCUCACCAGACCCGACAGAUCCUACACGUACAACGCCCUCAUUCUGGGGUUUCGUCCCAGUUGUGGACGGGACUCUCAUCCAGGAUCGUCUAUAUACUCUCUUUGCGAAUGAAAAAUUUGUCCGUGUUCCAUUGAUUGUCGGCGGAGACACCAAUGAAGGCUCCAACUUCGCCUACAAUGCCACGAGUCCGGCCGAUAUAUCCGAAUUCUUGACCAGCCUCUACCCUAGGCUAAGCACAAGCCAAUUGAAAUCGAUUAAUCGCGCUUAUCAUGGUAUGGAGCCCGUUCCGCUUCAUGCAGAAUACUUCCCUGCUGCGUCUGCCGCGUUUGGAGAUGCUGUUUUCACUUGUCCAGGCAUUCAAAUGAGCACUCAAAUGACAAAAUAUUACCCUGUGGGCGAUGAUAAGGUUUGGAGCUAUCGAUAUAAUGUGCAAGAUCCAGAGACCCUUCACAAGGGCUUGGGAGUUCCGCAUACCUUCGAGACAGAGGCCAUUUUUGGCUUGGGCUACGGGGGUGGACUUAGCAGCAGCAUUACGAAUAUCAAUGCCGGAAUUGUUCCUAUAGUCAUGAAUUAUUACAUUAGCUUUGUGAAAACGUUGGACCCUAACAGUUUCAGAGCCGAGGGCGCGCCUUACUGGAUGCCAUUGGGGAAAGGAGAGAGACUGAAGAUACAGACGAAUCAGACAGCGAUGGAGGUCAUUACAGGAACGCAAAAAGAUCGGUGUGCACUGUGGGAGACGUUGGCUCCUGUCAUGGAUGUUUAG